AUGGGACGACUCGACGAAGCUUUCAUCCAAGCUCCGGAGCACAGACCCAUCCAUCAUCUCACAAACUCCGGUGAAUUCAUUUUCUCCGACGAGAUCCCGACCAUCGACCUCUCUUCUCUCCAAGAUCCCAAUUCCGACAAGACAUCGAUCGCCACAGAGGUCGGAAAAGCUUGCGAGAGAUGGGGAAUUUUUCAGGUGAUCAACCACGGCUUGCCGUUGGACUUAAGGCGUCGCGUAGAGAACACGGCGGCCGAAUUCUUCAACCUAACGGCGGAGGAGAAGAGAAGAUUGAAAAGGGACGAAGUGAAUCCUAACAACUACGGCGAAAACACGUGGCAUGCCUCUCAUGGGCUCUUAGAACAUAUGGUUAGAUAA